UUGAGGUUAUGUUCAUUUAUGUUGUGUUAUGUUUCUUGGCUGUCACAACUUUGUGAUGUAAUAAUAAAAUAAUUUCAUCAAAGAUUUUCUAUUUCAAUUCUAAUUAUUUUUUCAACUAAUGUGAUUGUUUUGUUCUAGUGAGCUUAGUAAUUUUUUGCUUGAAUGCCGUCUUGUAAGUCGAAUUGCAAUGAACUUCUGUCACAAUCAUUUUUCAUAAUAUUAUUAUUUGUUUAUGUUAAGAAUUGUUCUUCAAAACGAAUUGAGAACCAGUUUUAGUAAAAAUUAGUAGAAGGAAUCAUGUAUAAAAGGCGUGUAAAAGUCAGGAGCAUUGUUCCAGGAGGUGGAUUAGCUUCUAAUCCUAGUAGCUCUGUUUCGGUUUCCAGCUCUGUCAGUUCAGUUUCUCUGAGUAAAAGCGUGGAAAACAAGGAGAACGAUGCAAGUAGCGAUAACAAUGUUGACGAAGAAAUGUCCAGACCAAGCUCUCCGUGUAUGUUUGAUGAGGCUGACGAACAGCCUGCUAAGAAACAAAAAACCGACGAACUUUUCAAUGAAGAAGAAAAACAAAGUCAAUCGUCGGUCUCCCAAAUGUCGCCAGAGGUUGUCUCUAGAAAAACUCAGAAAAAUAAUUUAACCAGCCAAGUGAAGCAAAGUCAGAAGAUUUCACAGAAAGCGCCAGAAGUCCAGCGUACGGUAUCAAAAAAUAAAGCAAAUAUUGUAAGUCAAGCGCCAAAUUCUUCAAAACCUGGAUUCAAGUAUUUGAAAGAAGUGACAAGAUUUUCUGGAAUGAAAAUACAUUCAGAUACUAGACCAAAUGAACUCGAAAAAGAUCAAGCAGUUUUUGUACAGAGUGUUUCGACGUUUCUGACCAAAGAUGAAAAUUCUACCAAAAAGAAUGUUCAACUAUUCAUGGAAGAUUUGAAAAUUUAUUGUGAUGACCAUGAUCACUUCAAAAAUGCUCUGUUACCUACUCAGACGGUUGAAGGAUCGGAGGUUCAAAGAGGAGAAGUCCAAGAUAGUAUGAUAAGACUUCUCCUACAAGUUGAUGCUCUCCACAAUCCGCUAACUCAAUUCCUUAUUGACAAAAUGGCGGAGCUAACUGCUGAUCCAUCACAGAAAGACGAGUGGAUUCUCUGGGUGAGGAUGAUUGUUCAAGCUUUGAAAUUUCUGAAUAUGCCAUCCACAGAUUGUGCUCUAGGAGAACAACUACUUGCCAUAGUCUAUGCCGCUUCAGAUGUAGGGGUACAACAAGAAAUAAUCAACAGUUUGCCUGAAAUCAUUAGAGAUGAUGAGCAUCAUGAUUGUGCUUUGGAACUCAGUAAAUUUUUGCGCAACAAGUCUCUCCUUCUCUCGGUUUUGGAUGCCCUGAGCAACCUGUCAUUGCAGAACGAAAUCCAAACCGAAGUUCAGGAAAUGCUCAUCAAUGCAUUGCGCAAGUCCCCUCCAGACUUCCUGCCAAAUAUGGUCAAAUUUUCACUUUCAUCGUGCAAUCUAACCAACGUUGAUAAGGUUAUCAAUGGAUUGAGAACCGAACUGUCAUUCAAAGAUAUUGACUCAGAUGCCGAAUCUAAUAGUAAAGCCUCAACAUCCAUUACAAACAAUCAAAUUUUGGUUUUCAGUAAAAUUGAAAACUGUCUACUUCUUGUAAAGUUUUUGUACAAUGCUUGGCUGAAGAAUAUUGGCAAUGCUCGAAACCAUCGGCCUAUUGAUGUAGUAAUUCUGCUAAUCCUGUACAAACUGGCCGCCGAUGAGACCAGACGAAGAGCGGUGAUUGCAGUAUUCAGAAAGAAAAUCAAAGAAGGAUUGUUCAAAGAGAAGCUCAUCAAAGAGACCCUAAAAACAUUCAUUGUGGUUAUCAAAGAACAUUUCAACUCCUUAAUGAAGAUUGCUUCAUCCCUUCUGAAAUCUCCUGAAGCAAGUAUUGUAAAAUAUGCUGGUUGUAUAUACAGUGAUCUAUUCGAGCAGGUGAAAGGCUAUUGGUGCAAGUGGAUAAUAGACGAGCUGCUAUUGGUUGUGGGAAGUGGGAAGGCAGCGGGCUCUACGGCCGCCUACAAAGUGUUGCAUAAUCUUGCUUCCAAACAUCAGAAAAAAAUUCGGCCCUAUUCGACUCUUCUGAUUGUUUUGCUGAACAGAUUGGAUGAGCUAGCACUUAGUGAGGCGAGGCAGGUGAUGGACAUGCUCAGCCAAAUCGCAUAUUCCAAUGACGAUGACGUCACUGAUUGUACUGCCCUACAAGACGAACUCAACAUGCUGGUGCAGAAGCAAAUCUCAAGCUUACAACCGAGCGUGGUCUAUUGCGGCGUUGUCAGCGCCACUAUGCUUCUGAAGCACAUGGCAUCGCUGCCACCUGAUGAAUCCAACAGUCAUGUGGACAGGUCCAUUGAAGAAGCCUCCCUGUCGGUUUAUGCACAAAAGGCAUACCCAUUGCUGGAACUGAUCCUUUCUGGUUGUCGAGACAGACCGGAAGUUCUCCAGCUGACUCUCGAUCAGCUUUCUUUUAUGUUGAUGGGGAGCAAGACUUUCGAUCAAACAUUAAUUCAUCGGAUGUCGAACAUAAUGAAAACCAAAAUACAAGAUAUGUAUUUAGUGGCUACCAACGAAUUUGAACCUACAACCGAGUUGCUGCCCCUAAAACUUAUGUUUUGUCUUGAUGAAGAUUUGAACGAAAAUGUUGCUAUCAACAUAGGAGGAUGUGUGAUACAGGAAUUCCAAAUGUCGAAGAAACCAGGAAAGUUAUCGAGUGGCAAAUGGCCGAUAUCAUGCGUACAGCCGCUGUUGAGACUGCUAAAGGACCUGGAGAAGCACGACCUGACCGAGAUCGACGCACUGUUAGGCUGCCCCAUCAUUCUGCCCGCACUGCACGUGUACACGGCAGCCGAGUUCGGGUCAUUGACCCCCGGCCAGCAGCACGCCGCCCUCCACUGUCUCUUCCACGUCAUCAACUGGCUCAGGGAGAUACUCAGCAGUUUUGCGUUCCUCGUUCGCCAGAAGGAGCCUAAUAAAGUAUUGAUGCGACUACGCACCAUUAUUUACCUGCAAGAUUUUCUAUCGCAGUGCCUACCGUUGACAACUGAAUAUACACCUCCCAGCUGCUUUUUCCAACAAUCCACUACUAAGAUAGUUGAGAAGAAAUCGGCAGAUAAAGGGGCCAGGAAGAAGAGGAAGAGGCAGGUAAAAAAGAAGAAAGGUGACUCGAAGAAGAAAGGAUCGGCUGACACUAGUGUUCUGACUGCACAGGAAGAAGUGGCCGAAGAAGAGGACGGAGAUAGCGAUGAUGAUGACGACCAGAGUGAGACACAAAGUAAGAGAGCCGACUUGUCGUCCUACUCGGGCUACUUUAGGGAACUGGACAUCGAUGUUUGGCUGCUCUUCACCAGGCCCUUGGUUCUCAAUCCUGCUCCUGAAAAGGAUGGAAAGUUCACACCAGAACUGGGCCCAUGUGAACUGCUGUUCCUGCUGGACGAUUUCAAGCGCAAAGUGGCGCAUAGCUUGCCGGACAGUGUCAAACGGAUUCUAUUCUUCAAAACAUCAUCGAAUAACAAUUCACAGUUCGAAACGCUGGACACCUUGGAGCCGCAUUUGAUAGCGAAAAAUACCAUCAAACUGAUACCAAGUCUUUGUGCUCAUCUGGAGAAGACUGUUGAGUUUUCUCAGAAUCUCAUCAGAAUCAAUGACGAGAUACUCGAUGCACCGGGAAUGUUCCUCGAGGGAUCUUCUGAAAUAAAGCAGUGUCAGCAUCGACUUUUGUCCAUUUUUGGAAUUCUUUUCUCGUGGUCCGGAUUCCAAAGCGAUGCUCACAAUGAUCUCCUUAUUACCGGUCUUCAAAAGAUGGCCGACCGAAUGACUCAAACGCAAACUAAAACGGCGUCGAAAAAGUUGCUUGUUCAGGAAAUUUUCAAGUACCUGUCUGUAUGCGGCAGCAAGAUUCUCGACAUGAACACUGCUGAAGCACUCAUCACGCUCAUGAAAGCAUUGUGCACUCAUGCUGGCAACGACCCCGCCCUACAGAAAACAAUUAGCACCCUAUGCUACAAAUUCCUGGUGCGCUCCUGGUACGAUUUCAAGGGCAACAAAGAGCAGGGAGUGCUCUUCAACAAACAGCUGCUAAUGUUGCUGGCCACCUACUUCUCAAAUGCAGAAGAUAGGCAGGAAGCGCUCACUGAGACAACCAGCUGGAUGUCCAAGGAGAUAGAACUGCUCACUGACAAGGAGUCGUCGUUCAACACUUUCGUUGUUUUCAACAAGAGCAACUUGAAUAUUCUACUGAAGGGAGUGUUGGAUGCCAUUGAGACGUGCAUCAAGGUGCAGUUGGCCGCCAAACCAAGCGACAAGAAGCAACUCAAUCUGUGGAUGUCAACUGUCAUCCAAAUGGAAAAUAUUGUCACCGUUCUCAAAGCCCAGGAUAGCAGAGCUUGUUUGGGCGCUUUCUUGAAGGGUAGCAUCUCCAUCUUGCGUCUAUUUCUAAAUAACGGCAUGACCGUUUGCAACUACAUGUUCAAGACUGAAUCUAACGACGUGUCAGCUGUGCUAAAAAAGCUGCAAGUGACAACCAGGUAUCUGCACACUGUCCUCAAUUAUGUCAAGGUGAGCAAAGUUGCUGGAUUUCAGCAAUACUUGCCGGCGGCACGCAGUGUCAUGGAGUCGAUAAUAUUGCAAGUGAAAAACACAAUUGUUCUGAACAAUUGCACCGAUGCCUUCUAUUUGGGAAGUGUGAAGAACAGAGAUUUAAAAGGACAGGAGAUACUUUCACAGGUGGAUGAUGAUGAUGAUGAAAUCAGUACCAUAGGAAAAACCGGAGAACAAGAAGAAGAGGACGAAGAAGAAGACGAUAAUGGUAACGAUGAUAACGAAGAUAAUGAAGCAGAAGAGGCGGAGGAGGAAGAAGAGGGACAGAAAAGUGAAGACAAUGAGGAUGACAGGAUAAGUGAUUUAUAUUAAUUUGAUGGUGACGAACUCAAUUCAACUUUAUUCCGCCAACGGUGAGAAAAUAGUUGGAAAUUAUAGAUGGACAAACAUCAUUAUUUCAGAUUUAUGGUGCUGUUAAGUAGAGUACUCUAUGUAGAGUUAUUUAGAAUAAGUUAGGUUAAUUUCAUAGGUAGUAUUGUAUAAUAUCUACCCAUACAAGUAUAUAAUAUUGUGUAUAUUUAUGUAUCCAUCCAAAAAGUUUGGGGAAAACUACCUCUCUAUUUUUCCAUCAGUUUCUGUGUACAUGUUUUAUAAUGUUUGACAUUACCAGUAGUUGUUAAAUUACUUAUUAUAUAUGUUCUUAUGGGUAAUUAAUCUUGAUUUUUACGUUUGAAAUCUCAUUCACCUUAGUAUCUAUUAUCAUUAUCUUUAUCAUUUAGUGAUCCAUGUUCGUUUCCAUUCAUUCAUUCAUUUAUUUAUAAAUCACUAUAAUCAUAAUAUAAUUAUGACAUUGGAGGAAAAACUAGGCUGAGCCUGUACUAUUUAUCUCCAAAAUUUUGAUAAAAUGUUAUGUUGUCCAAAAGUUAAGGUUAUGUAAUCACACGCCGCUUCGUCACUUGAUUUUCGGUCCAGGAAUAAUGAUUUGAAAAUUUUGAAUUUUGAAGGUUGAUGUAGUACUAUGUGCUAGAGUAGUAGUACUAUGUAGUACUAGAGUGCUGUCUACUCUAAAUUAAUCACAGAAUGUAUCACAAUGAAUUAAAAACGUUUUUCCAUGUACUAAUCAUUAAUCACUCAUACUUGUUCGUAGAUUUUCAAUUCCUAGAUUUUUCCAUGGUAGACUACUGUAGUUAGCUGGCAGAGCUCACAUUGUGUCACUUGGUAGCUAUUCGAACUGAUAGUUUUCUUCAUAAAACAAAGAUAGAUUUCUAGUUUAUUUUCAAUACAGUUUAUUACAUUCCAUUUCAUUAUUGAAUAUAAAUAAGCAUUGGAACAUGAACAUCAUAAUCUAUUUUUGAAUCAUAUCAAUAGUUUGUACCUUCUCACAUCUAUUUUCUUGUACAAAUAUUUGUUUUAGAAAUAAACUAAAUUUUCUAA